AUGGCAGCGGAGGACACAGGCCGCAGGCAGCGGGGACUGUCGUGGCAGCAGAAGCAGGCUGCAGGGACCGGCACGCAACACCAUGAGAAGAUUGACCCACUACAAUUAAAUCAAAGAGGCCCUUCCUACUUAGAAGUAACUAUGGUUUCCUGCGUGAGUAUGGAUGUGGGGGCAAUUAACUGGAAGCUUCGAGAAAAAUAUGGAGACGUGUUCACAGUGCACCUAGGACCGAGGCCCGUGGUCAUGCUGUGUGGGACAGAGGCUAUAAGGGAGGCUCUGGUGGACCAAGCUGAGGCUUUCUCUGGCCGAGGGACAAUUGCUGUGAUUGAGCCAAUUGUACAGGGAUAUGGUUUAGUCUUUUCCAAUGGGGAAUGCUGGAAGACCCUUCGGCGAUUCUCUCUGGCCACCAUGAGAGACUUAGGAAUGGGCAAGCGGAGUGUGGAGGAGCGGAUGCAGGAGGAGGCCCGAUGUCUGGUGGAGGAGCUGCGGAAAUCCCAGGGAGCCCCCCUGGACCCCACCUUCAUCUUCCAGUCCAUCACAGCCAACAUCAUCUGCUCCAUUGUCUUUGGAGAGCGCUUUGACUACGAAGAUCGCCAGUUUUUGCAUCUUUUGAACCUGAUCUAUCAGACCAUAUCGCUCCUCAGCUCAUUCUCUAGCCAGGUGUUUGAGCUCUAUUCAGGUUUCCUGAAGUUCUUUCCUGGUACCCACCGACAAAUCUACAAAAUGAUGCAGGAAAUCCUUGACUACAUUGGUCACAGUGUGGAGAAACACCGGGAAACCUUGGACCCCAACAAUCCAAGAGACUACAUCGAUACCUACCUUAUACACAUGGAGAAGGAGAAGUCCAACCAACACACAGAGUUCCAUCACCAGAACCUCAUGAUCUCUGUGCUGACUCUCUUCUUUGCUGGCACCGAGACCAGCAGCACCACGCUCCGCUUUGGCUUCCUGCUCCUGCUCAAAUACCCCCAUGUUGCAGAGAAAGUCCAAAAGGAGAUCGAUCAGGUGAUUGGCUCACACCGCCCACCAACCCUUGAUGACCGCACCAAAAUGCCUUACACUGAAGCUGUCCUUCGCGAGAUCCAGAGAUUUGCAGAUAUUCUCCCGAUUGGAGUGCCGCACAAAGUCACCAAAGACACUUUGUUCCGAGGGUACCUGCUCCCCAAGAACACUGAAGUGUACACCAUCCUGAGUGCAGCUCUUCAUGACCCACGGUACUUUGAACAACCAGAUGCCUUCAAUCCUGACCACUUCCUGGAUGCCAAUGGGGAUCUGAAGAAAAAUGAAGCUUUUAUGCCCUUCUCUUCAGGAAAGCGCAUUUGUCUUGGCGAAGGCAUUGCCCGCAACGAAUUGUUCCUUUUCUUCACCACCAUCCUCCAGAACUUCUCUGUGUCCAGUCCUGUGGCUCCUAAGGACAUUGACCUCAGGCCCAAGGAGAGUGGCUUGACCAGAGUGGCUCCAACAUACCAGAUCCAGUUCUUGGCCCGCUGACUGGGCUGAGGUGGCCAUGUGUCCUCACUCCUGUUGAGAAUGGCUCCAUCUUUCUUCCUGC